CACAUCCACUCGCCUCGCUUCAUCGUCACCCCAGCCCCUUCAGCAUGGCUCAGGCAUCAGGAAGAGAUGCCAGGGACAUCCUCGGAGUCCCUCAGCAGCGAACAGGAGAAGCAUCGUCGUCAUCCGUGUCAACUUCGGCCCCUGCACCUCCUCGCCCGCCCACUGGCCCACCUAUCCUCAAGAAGACUUCGCACAAGUCAAAGUCACGACAGCGUCACGAUGGCAUACACAAGGAGUUACAGGCCUUGCUCGGCGACAAUGCCCCCAGUCUAGCGAUAGCGCAUACCGAGGCGAGGGCCAUGCUCGCCAGCCAAGAAGCGGCACAUGGUGGCGCCGCGGCAGGGGGUCCCCUACGACCCAAGUUCAGGCGAAAAGAGAGAAAGCCUCAGUCGUGGAAGUGGCAGCCAUUCGAGAAUCAAGCACGAUCGGAUGGGCUCAAGCUCAGCCACUGGGCGCCGCAGCAGAACGAUGACGAUUCCACGCCGUACCCUUUCGCUGCCUUCAACACCUCCUCUGGCAUCUACUCCUACUCGAAUGACGAGUACCAACAGCAUCUCAAGGACGAUGACUGGACCAAAGAGGACACCGAUCAUCUCAUCGAUCUUUGCCAGGCUUACGACUUGCGCUUCGUAGUCAUUGCAGAUAGGUGGGAAGCGAAAAGGCCGCGCAGUAUCGAGGACUUGAAGGCGAGGUACUACGCGAUCUGUCGUCGUUUGAUUCGGUCGAGGAUCUCAGUCGAGGAUAUGGAUUCCAGGCAACAGUUGCUUGCUACGUACUCCUUCGACAAGCAGAGGGAAGUAGAGCGCAAGCGCCUAGUGCAGAAGCUCUUCACUCGCACUCCGGCCCAAUUGGCAGAGGAGGAGGCCCUGUAUGUCGAGGCAAGAAGGUUGGAGCAGAAUGAGGCAAAGUUUGCCGCAGAUCGGGAAGAUCUGAUGAAGCUGCUCGGUGGGUGGGAGAGGGUUCCGGACAGCUCGCCGAGGCUCAUUGCUGAGGCGGGGGCUGGCUUUGGGGUUGGCAGUGCGGGACCUCUGCCUGGUACACCUGGGGCAGCGUUGGAGGAGGCUGCUGCUGGUGAGAGGGAUAAGAAGAGGAGGAAACGUGCUGCCGGCGAGGCUGGUGCCGGCGUGGAAGAGGGAGAGGGGAAGACACCUGCCCUUGCUAGCAGUAGCGCCAUGGCUAUCACCUCCGCGACCAAGGACGCUGGCGCUUCCUCCUCGACUACCACCCUCACAUCAAAACAGAAAGCCGAGCUCAAGCAAGCCCACUCGGAUGAGCUGCAAUGCAUCACCCGCUUCGACCCGGACUCGCAGCCGCUCCUGCGGCCCCCUUACCCCUUCUUGCUCGGCACCCCCUCAACUGUCCCGCCCGUCGCUCCUUCCCCUCAAAAUCCCACAUCAUCUCACGGAGUUUACCUCCGUUCCACCCGUCUCCUCACCCCACGCCAGCCGCAGCUCAAUCGCACCAUGCAGACGCUCAGCGAACUGAAUCCACCCAUCGGACCUAGGCUGGUGUUCCCCAAUAGGACCAACUGCGAGAAGUGGGAAGGCUUGCUGGGCGCUGUGACGAGUGGCCUGGAAAUGAAGAAGAUGACAGAUAGGGUAGAAAGCGAGUUGAGGAUUGCGAAGAGUCGCUUGGCAUCUCUGCAGGAGGCGAGGUUGGGCAAGCAGCAGGCGCAGGGCCAAGCCGGUGUUUCGCAGGCUGCGACGGCUUCGGCGACGGCAUCAGGAGGCGCUGGGUCAAGCGGCACUAACAGACGCAGCGCUACUCCUCGCGCGUCAGCCAUCGUUGGCGGUGACCCAUCCGCGAAUCCCACGUCGCGCUCCAACUCAAGGACGAGCAGGAGCCACACGCCUGCUGUCCCUACGGCAGUCAAGCCCAUCUCCCAAGGCGACGACGAGAAGAUCGGAGACAACUCAUUCGAUGGGUCUGGUGGAGAGAGGAAGAAGCGUCGUCGCUCUUCCGGCCUGUCCGACUUGGAUGACGACGACGACGACGAUGAGUGGAAAGAUGCAAGAGCUGGUGCUGGUGCUGAGGAAGGCGGCGAGGCUGACGAGCAGGAUGGCAGUAUGCAGGUGGACGAUGAUGAUGACGACGAUGAUGACGAUGGGGAGGACGGGGAGGAUGAUGAGGACGACGAUGGAGACGAUGACUAGCUGCCGCAGUCGAAUACAAAGUCUCGCCACGAGUCAUGCAAUCCUCACUCGUACUGCACUGCA